AUGAAGACAGAGGCCGUUUCCCGGUCCCCGGAGCCCCGCGGCAGCCUCCUGCUGAGCAGCCGGAAGCUGAUGGCUUUCGGAGUCUUGCUCGGCUGGCUCCUGGUCAUCCACCUUCUGGUCAACGUGUGGCUCCUGUGCCUCCUGUCUGCCUUGCUGGUGGUGCUGGGAGGGUGGCUGGGCGCCAGCGCCGUCGUGGGCGCCUCGGGUCAGCUGCAUCUGGAGCGAUUCAUCCCCUUGGCCACCUGUCCUCCGUGCCCCGAGGCAGAGAAGCAGUUGGAACAGGAGAUCAACUGUACCAUCCAGAUGAUUAUUAGGGAUUUUGUGUUAUCCUGGUAUCGUUCCGUGAGCCAGGAGCCCGCCUUUGAGGAAGAGAUGGAGGCGGCCAUGAAGGGAUUGGUCAGGGAGCUUCGGAGAAGGAUGGGCCUGGUGGACAGCUGUGAGCUUGCUAAGAGAAUCCUCAUCCUCUCUGGUUGCCACCUGCAGAGCUACAUUCAGGCAAAGGAAGCCACUGCAGGGCAGCAGAGCGGGCCGGUGGAGCCUGCCCAGCUCUGGGAAGCUUACUGCAGCGUUACAGCGACACAUCCCGCAGCGCACUCCCCCAGUGCUGAGGUCUCCUACACGCGUGGCCUCGUGGACUUGCUGCUGCAAGGGCUGGUGCCCAAGCCACACCUGGAGACUAGGACGGGCCGCCAUGUCAUAGUGGAGCUCAUUACGUGUAACGUUAUCUUACCACUGGUCGGCAAGCUGUCAGAUCCCGACUGGAUCCACCUGGUCCUUGUGGCUGUCUUUUCCAAGGCCAGAAAUGAUCCAACACUGGAGGCUAGCCCACUCUGCCCAGCCAGCGUGCCGGAACAGACCACGGUGCCCACUUCUCUGCCACUGAUUGCUGAAGUGGAGAGUCCUCCGGAAGGGCGAGCCCCAUCGCCAAUUGUUGUAGCUCCAGUGCUGGUAAACGCCACUGACUCAGGCCCCUCCCCAGAGGUUGAAGAAGGCCACGAAGCUGUGGAGACAGAUUUCAACGAAAUACUUGAAGAAAGAAAAGUGGGGAACAGCUCUCCUUUCCUACAGCCGGAUCUUCGAGGCCCCCUGUUCUUAUGUGAAGAUUCAGAGCUGGAGUCGCCACUGUCGGAACUGAGCAAAGAAACCAUCUUGCUCAUGACGCCAGGCAACUUCCUCUCCAACCGGAUCCAGGAUGCCCUCAGUGCCCUGGAGGAGUCACACGUGCUGGAGCCGAAGGAAAGGGGGGGAUCUGAAGGCGUCGAAGGAGCUGAGGCUGAGGAGGGGCCAGACAGGGAAGCAGACGCCGGCCUGCUGGUCCCCGUGCUGGGCACUUGCCCGGAGAUCCAGAUUGAAGCAGCAGACAAGGAGACGGAGCAGGGAGAUGUGGCCUCUCUCACCGCUCUGCUGGAGGAGGAACGGGAGAAGGCGGGUCCCGCGCGACCCUCGUGCCUGGACAAGGAGCUCACCGAGGGAGCCCUGGAUCCUGCUGUCUCCUCCUCUCCACCGGCUCCUCUCAGCUCUGCCCCUUUCAGCUUUGAGCCUCUCAGCAGCCCGGACGGCCCGGUUGUCAUACAGAACCUUCGGAUUAGUGGCACCAUUACUGCCCGAGAGCACAGUGGCACUGGGUUCCACCCAUAUACGCUCUACACCGUGAAGUACGAGACAGCUCUCGGUGGUGACAGCAGCAGUGGCCUGCAGCAGUUGGCGUACCACACCGUGAACCGCCGCUACCGGGAGUUCCUGAAUCUGCAGACGCGGCUGGAGGAGAAGCCAGAUCUGCGCAAGUUCAUCAAAAAUGUGAAGGGCCCUAAAAAGCUGUUUCCUGAUCUCCCGUUUGGCAAUAUGGAUAGUGACAAAGUAGAAGCCCGGAAGAGCCUCCUGGAAUCCUUCCUGAAGCAACUCUGUGCCAUCCCUGAGAUUGCCAACAGUGAGGAGGUACAGGAGUUCCUUGCUCUGAACACAGACGCUCGAAUUGCCUUUGUCAAGAAGCCGUUCAUGGUCUCUAGGAUAGACAAGAUGGUGAUGAGCGCCAUUGUGGACACGUUGAAGACAGCCUUUCCUCGCUCUGAACCCCAGAGCCCCACGGAGGAGCUGAGUGAGGCUGAGACCGACAACAAGCCCCAGGGAGAAGGCAAGAAGGCUAGCAAGUCCAGACUGAGAUGCUCAUCCAGUAAAAUUGCUCCAGCACUGAGUGUAACCGAGGCACACGACAGGAUCCUCUACUGUCUACGCAAAGGAAACGAGUCUGAGACCCUGUCCAUGUCUAGAAUGGAAUCCUUUAUUGAACAACAGACAAAGUUACUGGAAAUGCAGCCACCAGAAGCCCUAGAUAAAGGUCCUAGAGGAACCCCCAAAGGCCUUGUGGAUAGUGGCUCGUCAGGUGCAGCUGUGCCAGCCCAAGGUCUUAGUGCCAGGAAUCCAGGAGCAGAGACAGAGUUAGCUGACACAGCCCUGGAUCUGGUCCAGUUGCUGUUAAUGGAACAGUGGAAAUGGCUGUGUACCGAAAAUAUGCAGAAAUGUCUUCGUCUUAUCUUUGGGACACUAGUUCAGAGGUGGCUGGAGGUGCAGGUGACUAAUUUAACCUGCCCUCAGCACUGGGUGCAAUACCUCCGACUGCUUCAGGAAUCCAUCUGGCCAGGCGGAGUUCUGCCCAAAUCUUCCAGGCCUGUGAGGACCCAGGAGCAGAAAGUGGCUGCUGAGAGCCAGGCUUUGCAGACCCUGAUGGAAAUCCUGCCAGAGUUUGUGGUAGAAAUCCUUGGUGUGAGCAAAUGCCGGCUGAGUUGGGGUCUGGUCUUGGAGUCACUGCAGCAACCCCUGAUCAACAGGCAUUUGAUUUACUGCCUUGGGGAUAUCAUCCUGGAAUUCUUGGACCUCAGUACCUCUGUUGAGGAGUCGGCCACAGCCACCUCUGCCUCACAUACCCCAGGCAGCCCCCAGAAGAUGGGUGUCCCUCUGUAGUCAGCGAUCAGUCAGAUGCUUUGAAGACCAAGGAAGGAGUUACUCAGUCACCAGAGAUCAGCCAGGAAACCUGUGUCCUCCAGAACUCGGUUGUAACUCAGAGGGCCAAGGGUAGGGUCUCACUGGCUUAAUUCUCUCUAUGCCAUUUGCAGUAGGGAUGUACACACCAAUUGCCUGCAUAUCCAUUUCCGUGACUUGUUGGUGGUACAUGGCCCGUUACUGGUGUGUAGACCUUGUUUCCUUUGGAAAAGGAACCCCUGAAGUAGAGGAAUGAGCCCUCUUUGCCCUCCUUUCUAAUAUCAUUUAUCAAAAAGCUGGCCCUGGGCACAUGUGAGCCGGAUCCUCCAACACACAAGUUCUGGAUAGAACAGGGAAAAAAACUAUAGCCAGAUUUCCGUGGAAGAGAAAACAAUCAAAGUUCUCUGUUCCCACCCGGAAACUGCAGAUUCAUUCAGGCCACACUCUUAGAAACCAGAACCCUGGAUCCUGUCUGAAUUUCCAGCAGUCCCAGCAGACAAAGCAAGAAAAAAAAUUUCUCAACAACUUUUUCUCCUUGGCUGUUUUCCAUGACAUCGGCCUGGUGGAGGAUGUCACGAAGGCUGCUUUUCUGAAUGGCUGCACUUUUCCUGUUCCUUCGAAACAGACUGCCAAACCUUCUGGUAAAUCCACCCCACCCUCCACGCCCUUUCCUGCAAGGGAAUUGCACCAGAGACUUUAUUUAUUGAUUUUCCUCUCAAAUCUCUGCCCAAGAGCAGUUGGAUUUCUGAAUUGUGGUCCUGCCUCUAUCUUCAACAAAAUCACAUGGCAAACCACAAACUCACAGGUUCAGUGUUUCCAAAGACAAAGGUAAGCACUUGCCCUGGAGCUGACAAUGCCAAAGCAGCAGGAAACUCAGAGGAUGAGGGCUUCUCCAUUAACAGGUAUCUGGCUGGAAACUUCCUCGGAGCAGACACUAGCAAAUCUGCAGGGAAGAGCUUCCACACUUGGUUCUUUCAGGAUUGAGUAGAAGAUCUUCAGGGACCCCAGCGUGCAGGCGGAGGUCUUCUAUCUGGGUACAGUGUCUCUUAGUAACAGGGAACAAUUUGGUGGGAUUGCUGGUGGAAAGGGGGAAGGUGCAAGUCACACGAACAGUGUGUGUGGGAAUGGCUAGCAAGAGAGGCUUCAAGGCUAUUGCUGGACCACUUGGCUGAUCCCCCAGCCCUAUGGCUUCUCACUUGCCUCUUAGCCUCCAGCUCUUACUGAACCCAGAUGCUCCCACCUGGGGCAAGGUCUUGAAGUUAGAUGGAUGAAAAUGGGCUAGAGCUUUAAGAGCAAGUCCCAAGGUUCUCUUACACGCUGAAGUAGGCAACGAGCAUACAAUUAAAAUGGUUUAUAGAAGAAAA